AUGGAGAUUAGGUUGGGAGAUGACUGUGUUCCAUCUCAUUUUGUUGCUGUGGUGAUGGCUUGGAGCCGCUUUUAUGUUACCAUAUCUCACGUCAAUCCUAAAUCUUCACCUUUCAUACGCACUCUCAGUUUCGCCACCUCCACCACUAUAAGGAAACCUAAGGAACUUCUUGAAACUGAUGCUGUUCUAAGAGAUGAAAUUCCAGUCAUCCGAAGGUUUACAGGAGGUGGUACUGUUAUUGUUGAUCAGGGCACUAUUUUCGUAUCGUUUAUAUGCAACAAGGAUGUUAUUCCAGGUUUACAAUCGUAUCCUCGACCUAUAAUGUCAUGGAGUAGCCUAAUAUAUAAGAACAUGUUUCAAGGAAUCGGGGAGUUUGGCCUUCGAGAGAAUGAUUACGUGCUUGGCAACCGCAAGUUUGGUGGAAAUGCUCAGUCUAUUACCAAAAAUAGGUGGGUUCACCAUACUUCCUUUUUAUGGGAUUAUGAGGUCGGUAACAUGGGUUAUCUGAAAAUGCCAACACGAGUUCCUGAAUAUCGACAGGGCACUAUUUUCGUAUCGUUUAUAUGCAACAAGGAUGCUAUUCCAGGUUUACAAUCGUAUCCUCGACCUAUCAUGUCAUGGAGCAGCCUAAUAUAUAAGAACAUGUUUCAAGGAAUCGGGGAGUUUGGCCUUCGAGAGAAUGAUUACGUGCUUGGCAACCGCAAGUUUGGUGGAAAUGCUCAGUCUAUUACCAAAAAUAGAGAAAGACGAAAAUCUGCAGACGAACUGACCGCUCCCUCAGUUUUCUUCUCUUGUUCUCUGAUAACAAAGGUACAUAGUAUUUGUUUUUUUCCUGUAGCGAUUGUUUUGUAUUUGUGUGGAUUUGUUGUUGUAUGUUGCUUCCAUAGUAAUUUUGAUUCGAUUUUCUUUUGCAAGCAAUACAAGCACGCAUGGCCGUCUAUGGUUUUUUCUGUCCUUGUAGUACCUAGUUGUGUUGUGAUGGUCCUUUAAGGCAUAACUUUGAGUUUGUGGCCAUGAAUAAACUAGUAUUAUACCCGUGCUCCGCACGAUCCAAGGAGUAUAUAGAAUUGUAAAAAGAAAAAAAAAAGUGAUAUAAAACAUACCCGUGCUUCGCACGACAUAUAUAAUAAGAGUAACAUACCCGCGCUUCGCACGACAUGAAUAUUCAUACGUAUUUGUGAAGUAUAGUAGUGGAACAUAAUAUGUAAUACCCCGUUUCCUCGAGCUAAGUUUAGAAUAAUUUUGAACUUAGAUUUAAGAUGAUUCACGCCGGAUUGAGAAAAAGAAAUUUAUUUAAUUCCAACAAAAAUGAUUUACGAAAGCAUUUGUAAAUUUUUAAGUUAUUUAAAUUUUUGUGCAUUGCAUAUUAAUUUAAAUAUGAGCAUGUGUAUAUGUGAAAUAUUUUACAUAUAAUUAAUAUUUAUUUUUACAAAAUUUAAAUUAAAGUCUAUGUUGGACUUUAAUUAUUUUAUGGUUGGGCUUUAUUUUUAUAUUGGACCCUUGAGUUAAAAGUACUUGAUUAACCAAAUGAGAGCCCAUUCAUUUAUAGAUCCAAUCCACACCUCCAAGCCCAUUUAGCCCAAUCUAUUCCUUAAUCCUCUAGAUAUUUUAUUAAUGGUGAUUAGGGGAUUGUGGAGAGGGCUAAGCCACGUAGCUUGCACUGUUUCUUUCUUGCUUGAAAAGAAACCCACCCCCACUUGUUUUUCACCUUCAAAACAGCAAGCUCUUGUCGAGCUCUUCUCAUCCACAACUCUAAACAGCAAGCUCUUCUCAUCAACAAGUUUUUCUCAUCAACAAGCUUCAAUCGAAACCAUACAAACAAUCCAUACUUCGAGGUUAUACCUUCAAUCACCUUACUCACUGAGACUCUGUCUUGUUGUUUCAAGAAUCAGUAGCUACUUAUCUCUUUCACAAAUGUUAAAAUGCUGGAAAUUGCAUUCAUACUUUCAAUCCAUAGCAAACCAACAAUUGUAUGAGUUUUGAACUUCAAAAGCUGUAAAGAUGCAAACUUUAUAUAUAUAUGCAUAUAUCUUUGUAUAUCUACAAUACAUAUGUGUGUAAAAGCAAUUACAAAAUGCCUUUUCUGUUGAAUCGAAAAUAGAAGGGAGAAGAAGCUUAUGAUGUUGAGUAUGUGUGCUUGCUGUGUGUGAGUCGAAAUCAAGGGGGAGGGCAGGCGACGGUCGGCGGUGGUUCCGCGCCACUGUUGACCGGAGUGCGCAGAGAGAGAGAGGGUGAGAAGGGCGGCGGUGGUUAGCUCCCGCUGCUGCGACCGCCGGAUCUGUGAACAGGGGAGGGUUGAGAGAGAGACGAGGGAGAUGGAGGGCGCGGCGGCAGUCCGUUUCUUUUGCUGCUGUCGGCCGAUUCGAGUGAGGAGGGUGGGAGUUCAGCGGCGGCUGGUCUGGUGCAGUCGUCGGAGGGAGUUCUGGGUUCGGUGAGAUAGAGGGCGAGUGAUGGGGGCGGAAUUCGAGAGAGUGAAGGGAGAGCCGAGGGUGGCGCGGCUUGUCGCCGCUGCUUCCCCGGCGAGUCUCCGCGGCGGCGGAAUUUCCGAGAGAGAAGGGGGCGAAUUUUCUGGUGUCGAAGAGAGAGAGAGAGAGAGAGAGUGCAGAUUUCAAUUGCGUGUGUGUGUGUCGUGUGUUUGAAUAAGGGAGGAGGGUUAAGGUUUGGGCCAAUUCUUUGGGCCUUUUUUUUUUUUUUUUUUUUUCUUCAGAUGGGCUGAUUUUAUUUCAUUUAAUUAGCUGGGUCCAUUUUAUUUAUUUAGUGAAGUGGGCUGAAGUUUUUAAUUUGUUGGGCUGGGUUAUUUUAAAUGAUCAGGCCCGAUUCUUCUUAUGUAUUUGGGCUGCCCUAUUUUAAUUAAUUAAACUUACUUAAUUUGAUUAAUUUAUUUAAAGAAUAAUUUGCAUAAUGAUAUGAUAUUAUGUACAUAUUUUAAGUAAUUACUUAUUAUAUGCUAAGCAUGACAUAAAAUUGCAUUUACUUUGCAAUAAAAGUAUUUAUGAUGUAAUUGGUUUUAUUUAUAAUUCCAAUUAUUAAAGAACGAUGAGUAAGAAUAUUGUUGGUGUUCUUAACUCAAGAGAAAUGUUUUCAAUUAUUUAUUCAUUAAAUUUUGAAAACCCGGGUAAGUAAAUCAUAGAAUGUUAAGCACUUCACCGUGACUUGAGUUUAGAUUAAAGAGACCUAUUAAGAAUAGAUU